CAGUCUCUGGAAGACAGCCUCAUCGCCUUCCGAACCCGGUCGAAGAGGCCGCUGAAGGAUGUUCCCCUCGGUCAGCUGGAGGCUGAGCUCCGAGCCCCGGAUAUCACACCCGACAUGUACGAUCCCAACACCGCGGACGACGAGGAGUGGAAAAGGUGGCUCGGAGGACUCAUGAACGACGACGUGGAGAACGAAGAUGAAGCCGAUGAUGAUGAUGACCCGGAGUACAACUUCCUGGAAGAUCUGGAUGAACCAGAUACAGAAGACUUCAGAAACGAUCGUGCCGUGAGAAUUACCAAAAAGGAAGUGAAUGAACUGAUGGAGGAGCUGUUCGAGACAUUUCAGGACGAGAUGGGUUUCUCGAACAUGGAAGAUGAAGGUCCGGAAGAUGAAGAUAAUGUUACGGAGUCGCGGCCAAAUUUUAACACGCCACAGGCACUCAGAUUCGAAGAGCCUCUGGCAAAUUUACUGAAUGAACAGCACCGGACAGUGAAGGAACAGCUUGAGCAGCUGCGAAUGAAAAAGUCCUCGAUCAAGCCACCGCAAGAGAUAGAAAAAUCGAAACCUCAGAAUGAGAAGCCUCUCCAGAGCCUUGUUCUGGACGGCACGCAAAGGAAGAGGCUUCAGCAGCAAAUGCAGCAGCACGUUCAGCUUCUGACUCAGAUCCACCUUCUCGCAAGUUCCAACCCUGCUCUAAGUUCGGAGGCCGGAACUACCAGGAUGUUCUUGAGCGAGCUCGGGAACUUUGCUCGAAGCUCGACGCUCCUCCGCCAGCCUUUCAAUCCCAAGUUUCAAACCAUGUUCCAGCCGUGUAACCUGAAGGGAGCGCUGCAGCUCAUCGAAGAUUUCCACGCCCAGGUCCAAGUUGACUGGAGCCCUCGCAAAGCCGGGAAGAAGAGCGCCAGUGAAUUUCCCUGUUUGCCAAAGCAAGUGGCGUGGAUUUUGGCAACGAGGAGAGUCUUUAUGUAUCCAGAGUUACUGCCAGUAUGUUCUCUGAAAGCAAACCCUCCUCGGGACAAGAUUAUCUUCACCAAGGCAGAGGACAAUUUAUUAGCUUUAGGUUUGAAACAUUUUGAAGGGACGGAGUUCCCAAAGCCUUUGAUCAGCAAGUAUCUCUUGCCAACAAAAACCGCCCACCAGCUCACGGUACGAAUCAAGAACCUCAAUAUGAAUCGAGCGCCGGAUAACAUCAUCAGGUACUAUAAAAAGACGAAGCAGCUGCCCGUUCUGUUCAAGUGCUGUGAGGAAAUCCAACCUGACGAGUGGAAGCCGCCCGUGGAGAGGGAAGAGCAUCGCCUGCCUUUUUGGCUGAAGGCCAGCCUGCCCUCCAUUCAGGGGGAGCUGAAGCAAUUGGCAGAAGAGGCCAGGGAGAUGCCAGGGUCACCGGCUGCAGAGUCUGUCUUCCUGGGAACGGGAAAGGAAACUGCAGACGCAGAAUGUGCUGAGAAAUACCCUCUCCUCAUGCCAGAGGGACUAGUCCUGACCUUAAAGCCGCUUGCCAAUCGAUUCUCUAGGAGAGCGUGGAGGAGGCAGAGGUCUUCGGCUCUGAAGCCCGUCCUCAUUCGGCCGAGUCCUUGUCUGCAGCCCAGUUCCAACCCUGUUAACAUCCAGAAAACCGUGAAGCUGUCCCAGUCAGAAGCUCCUCCCAGCAAAGUUAUGGUGCAGAUUCCUCGGCUCAUCCAGCCGGCAACGGUUGUGCAGGCUGUGCCGGGCAUGCAGCCGUUAAAUGUUCCGGCGGUGGUGGGAAGCGGCGAUGGCUUGGAAUUCCAGAACGUGCUCUCCACUUUGCAGUCGGACUCCAGACAAGCUUUCCCGGCUGCUGCACCACCAGCUCUGGUGUCCUCAAAUCCCGUAACUUUCCAGCCAAAACUGAUGUUGCCAGCUUUGGCUGGAGCGAAAAUACGGAAACCUGGCGUUCGUAAGGGGUACCAAAAGAAAAAAGGAACAAAGUCUGCCCCGUUGCUCAAGACUUCACCUUUGAUUCAGCCGUCUCCUGUCAUCCUUACCGUCCCUGCCACCACGGUGAAAGUGGUCAAUAUAGGCAACGGCUGCAACAUGAUCCAGCCCAUAAACGCCCCCGUUGGGAGGGGUGCUCAGGCUAUCCCCGUCACCACCUUGUUGGUGAAUCCAGCCACUUUCCCGUGUCCAUUGAAUCAGCCUUUAGUGACUUCUUCCAUCCCUUCGCUGAUCGUCUCUCCUAACUCCGUCGGUAUUUCCGCAUCCUCUGCCGGGGAAAACGAAGAGCAGCUGAAUCUGGUUCCUUCCUGCCCUGCUGGAAACGCCAAAACUGGCUAUCCUGUGGCGGAGCCCAAGGCGGAACCCCCGGAGUUGUACGUUUCGUGCUCCUCUGCCACCCCCAAGAAGGAAAGCGGUGUGAAUCCCGCCGCCUCGAGCAGUGGUGGUCAGGAGAAGGUAAAUAAAAGCGACUGCUGUGGCUGGACGGUGGUCGAAGGAGACGAGAACGCUUCAGAGGCGUUGCCUGUGAACCUCCUGCCUCAUUUAGAAGAUCCUGAUGAAACGGUGAAAAUGGAACAUGAGGAUUCAAGCGACGCCACCAAAGGAGCGAAUCCGGUGGAGGAGAGGGACCUUCUGUGUGCCCAAGUGAAGGAGGAAGGUCUUGGCCAGGAGCUGAGCAUGGAGGCUGCUUGUUCGUGUGCUGCUGACCCGAAAGAAGUUAAAAAGGAGCAUCCUCCAUGUGAUGGGAAGGGAGAAGAGGAACGACGGGCUUUGCAGGCAUCUCCCCGGCGCGAGCGACAGGUGGACGCGGGUGUCGUCGCUGGCCCACAAGCGAGCGGUGAGUCUCCAAAGAACCUUCCUUACGCGGCAGACGUCGAGGCAGAAUUCAGCAGUCCGCUGGGCAGACCAGAGGAUUCGUCCAGUCUAGAUGGCCAGUCUGUUGGGACACCGGCUGGCCCCGAGGCUGGAGGAGAGAGAGAAGCACAAGAAGAAGAGGAGGAAGACGAUUUUGAUGAUUUUACGCAAGAUGAGGAUGAAGAAAUGUCGUCUGCCUCAGAAGAAUCUAUUCUUUCGGUGCCAGAACUUCAGGAGACGAUGGAAAAACUUACCUGGCUUGCAACAGAGAGACGUUUAAGCCAAGAAGGAGAUUCCGAAGAAGAGAAUUCCCAGGAAGAGAACUCGGAGCCUGAAGAGGAGGAGGAGGAGGAAGGGGAAGGAAUAGAGAGUUCACAGAAAGAUGACGAAACAUGCGGGGACACAUCAGAGGAACCUAAAUCUGCCUUCCCCUUGACAAAGACGGCCCCGCAGGUGGAAGCGCACAGGACGCCGGCAGGUGAGUCCUGGGGGUUUCUUUCGACACAGGGCACGGGGAAAUAG